AUGAAUCCAACCGUCGAGGAAGCACCAGAUGAAGUCCGCGCUGGGCCCAAUACGCGGGGCUCCAGCGCAGAAAACCCACAAUUCUCGUGGCCAGAGAUAUGCUCUCGCCAUGAGUCCGUUCUCUCUUCGCAUCUUGAGAUGCUGAACUCGGUUAAAGAUCAAGUGCUUUCCGAUGCGGAUGCAUUCCGCACUGUUUCUUUGAUGGUGGAGAAAACCAAUAAGUUGGUUACUCAGUUCAAAGUGAUUAAGAAGCAGUUUGUCAACAGGCCAAACGUAUUUGGAGCCAUGUUGGAUCAACCUUCAUUGUCAAAAGCACAGAGCGGUCAUUUGAGCUCGAAUUCGACACAACCCAGCGAUGCGCAAGCUACAUCCGCGCCGCAUUCAACUCGUCUGAAGGAAGGAAAAAAGAGAUCAAGAAAAAGCCAAGAGUCAAUGGAAAUAGAUACUAAUGGGCCAAUUUAUGCCCAUACAGAGGGUGUGCGCAAACACAAGCGAAAGCGGCUGGAUUUGGCAAUUCCAGGCAACGAUGAGGAUGUGCGAAAUGUGACGCCAGUGUCAAUGGAAACGGAAGACAUUUCAGAGGAGGUCCAGAGGCGCCUAAAAAUCAAAGAGGACCGCCGCAAGAAGAGAAAUGCGAAGCCUGAAAAAAGGAAACGGGAUAGUCUGGCCUCGAAUGGCAGUGUUUCGUCGCCUGGGGAGAGGACUAGGCCUAAGAAAAAGAAACCCAAGGUCGACAAGCCACAAGAAGGCAGUGAUAAUGAAAAACUCCAAGGCAUAAUUCGGCCGAAGAGGCGGGUGUCUGGUCAAUCUGGACCCAAUUCGACUUCAGAGGCAAAGACGAAGAGACAGAAGCCUACUGCGUGA